UCUGUACAAAUUGCUUCUUCUCUUUCCUUUUCAAAGAUAAAAUGGCAGCAAAUGAUGUGCCUUGUUGUGAGACUAUGUUCUGGGUGUAUCUAGUAAUAUGUGUUGCUCUUGUAUGUUUUGCUGGCCUUAUGUCAGGCCUUACUCUGGGACUAAUGUCUCUCAGCCUGGUUGAUCUUGAGGUCCUCACUAAGGCUGGUCAGCCUCAGGACCAGAAAAAUGCAGAGAAAAUUCUACCAUUAGUUAAGAAUCAGCAUUUGCUCCUAUGCACGCUCCUUAUUGGCAAUUCCCUGGCAAUGGAGGCCCUUCCUAUCUUCCUAGAUGCACUUCUCCCAGCAUGGGCUUCUAUACUAAUAUCAGUAACGCUAAUACUCACAUUUGGUGAGAUUAUUCCCCAGGCUGUGUGUUCCCGGUAUGGGCUGAGUGUUGGAGCAAAACUUUCCCCUCUAGUUCGUCUCAUUGUUAUAGUCCUCUUCCCCCUAUCUUAUCCAAUUAGUAAGCUGCUGGAUUUCCUGCUGGGGAAAAGGCAUUCUGCACUUCUUCGGCGAGCAGAGCUUAAGACACUGGUAGAUCUGCAUGGAAAUGAGGCAGGAAAAGGUGGAGAGUUAACACAUCAUGAGACAACAAUUAUAACUGGAGCUUUGGACAUGACACAAAAAACUGCUAUAGAUGCCAUGACUCCCAUAUCUAAAGUUUUCUCCCUUGAUAUAAAUGCCAAACUUGAUGAGUAUGCCCUUAACCCUGCGUUGAAUCCCUCCAAUAUUCACUUCUUAGUAACUUAUUUCUAUGUUUUCAGGGUGAAAAACCUGAUCAAAAGCCGGCCAGAGGAUGAUACCCCCAUUAGAAAUCUUACUAUCAGGAAUAUCCCCAAGGUCCAUGAUCGUUUACCUCUGUAUGAUAUUUUGAAUCAAUUUCAAAAGGGUCACAGCCACAUGGCUGUUGUUGUCAAGUAUAAGGAUGAUUUAAAAGAGACCACAGAUGGUACUGCAGAAACAAAAAUCAAUAUCAUGGAGACGAAAGGAAAUGAGCAAGUGUAUGUUCAAAGUCCAACUUUAAAGAUGGUGUUGGGCAAUAAUAUAAAUUCGCGAGUAAAGAAGCGGGAACAUCUAGCCAGAAAUAAUUCACAUGAAGGUUCAGGGUCCUUGGCGGCUUCAAGUGAAGAGGUUCUUGGUAUCAUAACACUAGAGGAUAUCAUGGAGGAACUGCUACAGGAGGAAAUAUUGGAUGAGACCGAUGAAUAUGUAGAUGUUCACAACAAAAUUACAAUCAAUAUGAAACAACUUUCAAUUAGAUCACCAUCAAGAUCUCCUGCAGCGGCUGCUCAUUUCCUGCAGAGAUCAAGUCCCAGGGGAUCCCCACUCUCUUCAGAUCAUGAAAGUCCACUUUCUUCAAGGGGCUUUACUCCUGUGCUGCAUUCCCCAAUUUCACCAUACGCUCAGUCCCCAUUAAUCAGGCCAACUCUGUCUGCUUCUCCUAGUAAAACCAUGCUGAUUUCUCCUCCUGGAUUUCCUGGGGUUGUCCACGGCUCUCCCUCCCAACAUCAGGUUUCCAGAAAAUCAUAUGAGAAGCUGAGGCAGAAGCAUGGUUCUUAGAUCUUCCAGUGCUGGAUGAUAAGUCUUUGAAAGUAAAAGCACUUAAAUUUA